AUGCAGGACGCACAUACAGAGAGCACACCACAGGGGUCGCCACAGGGGUCGCCACAGGGGUCGCAAGAUACAUUAGAACAUACGGUUUCUGUGUUUGUCCUCGCGGUACUCCGCUGCAUUACUGCGGAACUGGCGCGAUUUUGCGCGCCACAGGCUGGUAGAUCUGAAAAAGACCACCGUGCUUCGGAUGGCCAGCACAAUGCGGAGGUUACAGAGCCGGUACUGGAUACCAUGCAGCACGAUAUUGCAGUGCUCUUGCAAGAGGAAAGGAGUAGUCCUGAGAGCACCAGCUUUGUACGUAGCGCGAGUCCUGCACGCGCCGACGUCCGUGCCCAACAAGCUCUCCUGCCUGUAGAUGCAGCCGAGCAGCCUGAGCCUUGUGCGCGACCGAGCGGGAGUGCAUUGGCAGAUGCGGCGUUUGCACUGGUCGGCCAGGUGCUCGGCGCAACACACUCGGUGCUUGGCGAUCCCACAAUUCAGGAGCGUGUGCCGGGGUGGCGCACCGCGCACAAGUUUUUCAAUGCUGUGCAGACAGAUCCCAAGGGUGUGCCAUACCUGCACAUGGCGAACUUGGUCGACGCGAUCCAGUAUGUGUACAACCCUGCACCUGGCCCGAACCAAGCAGCGCAUGAAUCAAAUCGUGCUCCCUGGAACGAGCCAGAGGUCGCUUUUGAGGACACCAUGUAUUAUACCACUGCCGAAAUCCCCACCAAUGCCCCUCUAGAUUUUGACUAG